UCUGAAGGGAGCAAGGCUGUGGAGAUGCACCGAGCCCCCCAUCUGACUUCCCCUUGUGCCCAUCGGGACUGGACGAAGGCCUACUGGGACCACCGGGCAAAGGUCCAGAAUGCCCAGCCUCUAAUGGACACUCGCACCCCAUCCACUUUCUCCCAUCUCCAUGUGAAGUUCAAGAAGCUCAAGAUGGAGGAGGAGCAGAUUUCCAUCAUUAACAAGAACAACCACCUACUCCUGGAGAAAGUGGCUGCCAUCAUGAGGACCAGGAGACAGACUGACUGUUGAAAUGAAGCCACCUACAGGAGAUAACAAAGAAGCUCCCACCGGCAGCCAGGGUCCUGGGCAGGAUGUGGGAGGAGCAGGUGAACUGAAGAGCAGAGGCUACUGUCUUUUAGAAAUCCAUGGUGAGGGAUACCCACACAGUGGCCUGAACCCACCACCUACCUAAGCCUAGUCCCCAGCCACUAUAAGAAAGGGUCCUCUGGUGACAGCUGCUGGAAACUGGAUCACAUAGCUCUCUACCCUUUGAGUGGUUUAGGGAGGUGGGGCUGUCAUUCUUCUCAUUUCACAGGUGGAGAAACUGAAGUACACGGAAGAACAGAAGUUGGCCAAGAUUGCAGCUAGACCAUGGCAGACACAGGUGUGCCUAAGGCACAAGCUAAGGCUGUGCAGUCCCUGAAGGUGUCAGCUCACACAGCAGAACUGGCAGGUCCCUGUCAGGCUGUGGAGCUCAGGACCUGAAGCUCUGCACGCAGCUUGGGAGCUCCUGGAGAUUCACUGUCCCUCCCUUUAUGUGAGAGCUUGUGGGGAUGAUGGGAAUUGCCCUGAAGGUCUUGUGCAGAAGCACUCUGAACCCUGUAAAACCUUCAACCUACACUUGUCUCCAGAGCUCAUGGUGGCUUCCAAAUCACAAUGAAUCAAAUAAAUCCAUAGUGGAGCCUCAGGCACAGGGUAUAUGACACAGGAAGGAGGCAGGAAGUGUUGUAGGGAGGGAACUAUGUAGAGUUCACACAGUUCUGUUGUUGGGUUUAUCUGAGUGUCCAAGGAGAGCCACCAGUUUCUAACCUCAGAAAUGGUCCCUGAAAGGC